UUGCGUCAUAACGAAGCAUGCGCCUUGUCAUUUUCAUUGGUUGGUCAUAGAUUAAAAUUAUAAUAAUCUACCAAUAAUCGGGCCAUCGCUCAAGUCUCGUUCUGUGAUAAGUCUUCUUUUAAGGUGGUAGUGGACUGUCUGAUGUGCAUUUAAAGUGAUUCAAAAUAAAUAUACAACAUGAUUAUCAAGGAAUACCGUGUGACGCUCCCCCUAACAGUCGAAGAGUACCAAGUGGGCCAGUUGUACUGCGUCGCCGAAGUCUCCAAAAACGAAACUGGCGGCGGCGAAGGAAUUGAAGUUAUAAAAAAUGAGCCCUUCAAAGAUUAUCCCCUACUCGGCGGCAAGUUCUCAUCAGGCCAGUACACGUACAAGAUCUACCACUUGGCGUCGAAGGUGCCCGCUUUCAUCCGGCUGCUGGCGCCCAAGGGCUCACUCGAGGUUCACGAGGAGGCAUGGAACGCGUACCCAUAUUGCCGGACUGUGCUUACGAAUCCCGGCUACAUGAAGGAGAACUUCGUGAUCUGCAUAGAGUCCCUGCAUUUACCCGACGCCGGCGACCAGUACAACGUACACGAGCUACCCCCGGAAAAGCUAAAGAACCGCGAGGUCGUCCACAUAGACAUCGCCAACGAUCCUCUUUCUUCAGCCGACUACAAGCCGGAAACGGAUCCCACCAAGUUCAAGUCCAGCAAGACCGGCCGCGGCCCCCUCGUCGGCGCCACUUGGAAGAACGAUGUCAAACCCGUCAUGACAUGCUACAAACUCGUCACUGCUGAGUUCAAGUGGUUUGGCCUACAGAGUAAAGUAGAAAAUGUGAUCCAGAAAUCUGAACGGCGGUUGUUCACCAUUUUCCAUAGACAAGUAUUCUGCUCAAUCGACGACUGGUUCGGCAUGACGAUGGCGGACAUCCGCGCCAUCGAGGACCGCACCAAGGAGGAGCUCGAGAAGCUGCGCCGCGAGGGCGAGGUCCGCGGCAUGCGGGCCGACAACGAGUAGGCACCCGGGCCCCACACACCCGGGCCCCGGGCCCCUGGGCCCCAGCCCCACCAGCGUUCCUCCCUAACCAAAUGCUUGGAAAAGCUACAUACUUGAAUUAAAAAUUCAUUUCGGUAUUAGACUUAUUAUAUAAAUGUUAGGCGUUUGACUAAAGGGGUUCAUUCACGGAAAACAAUGUUUUGUCCAUUCUAGUGUAAUGUAGCAGUUCAGUUGAACAUUAGCGAAUGAUUGCGCGGUCUAGUACACAAGCAAUAACUCCGCGACCGCUCACUGCCCGAGCGCUGGGAUUGCAUGCCAUGUUGCCAUGAACAACUUUACCAUAACGAGAACCAUAACGAAUAAACGCCAUUCUCAAGCUAUUUAUUGUUUUAUAUCAACUACAAACUUUGCAUUUCUCUUUUUUAAAUAUUUUUAUGAGUUGUGUGAAACUUUUUGCGAGUCAACAACAUUAUCCGAGACCUGGCCAAAUGUGACGAUAAGUGUGGUGUUUAUUUAUUUUCUGGUCUAUUGCCAGGGCCCAUACUCGGACAUCAGACCUCCCCCACUACCUCCUUUCUACAAGUUUGUCAUGGCAACACCAAAAACAACUGCUGGCAGUUGUGACAAUGCGGAAAUGUUGAUUUUAUAAUUAGUUUCUCUCCUGUAACGUUAUGCUUAAUAAAUCAUAUAUGUUGACAUUAGAGAAAUGUCCCACAUUAUUGAACGUGCGAUCUCAGUUCAAGCGAGGGCAUAGUUUACCAUUAGAAAAAUGAUAUAAUAUGGUAUAGAUAAUAUUUAAUAACUAAUAAGUCGAUGUAGUCAGUGGUUAACAGGUAGUGUUGUCGUUACCUAAUUAAUAAAAAAAUAUAUAAAUGUAAUUCAAUUUGACACUACAUUGCAAGGAGAAGUGUGCGGCCAUCUUGUAUCUUCCGACAGCCGCGAGCUCAGCUCUUGUAUUUAUAUUAUAAAGUAAUGAAUUCUGCGCAAUAGUACCGUACGUUAGUCGAGGCACGUUAAUAAAUUAUUGGUGCAAUAUUGUUUAACAAUGGCAACCCUCUGGUAGUCGGGUAGAGAGGGUGUUGCAAGGUGAAUGAUAGUUAGGCGGUCUCUGGGAUAUAUUAUAUAGUGGUAACCUCGAUAACUUAUUUAUUGGCGAAGGGUUCAGGUUGCAACAUCCUCGGCUAGUGGUGUUUCAAUAUAUUUUGUAUGAAUAAGUUUUUUUGUUGUUUAACAAAUCAGUAUUUUUAAUAAUUGUGUGACAUUCCAGUUUGUACCGACGGUGACGUUUUAUCGUUUGCUACUUAAUCUUUGUUCGCUCUCUUGUGUUCACGCAAUGUAUGGGAUCAGUGGAUAUGGAAUUAUUGAAUCAGUACAAUAUUAUAAAAUUUUAUGUGGAUAUUCAUGUUCAUAGUGGAUUAUGUUCCUUAUUAACAAAUAAUUCGGUGUAGCCAUGUAUCGCGCCGCUGCGGCCGCAGUCCGCGGUGCCCAGUGUACAGCACGGGCUGCGGCCGCGGCGGCUCAGCUUAAUAUUGCACUUUCUUUUAAUUAAGUUUUUUUACUUAUGUUGUAAUAAGUUUUACAUCAAAUACAGCGUGAUAAUAUAUUUGCGAGUAGUGUUUUUUUGUAGACAUAGUAAAGUCGUUGCCAACCCGCUUUUAGCAUCGCCUAGUGCUUCUGUUGAACACCUAGUACUUAACUGUUUGUGACGUAACUUCCAUUAUGAAUAGCUCCGCGUUACGACUCCUCAGAUAUAUAGAAGCUUUGCUUGAUGUUGUUGAAGCUUAUUUGUUGCAGUUACCAAAUAAAGUUAAGUACACAAAUUAUUUUAUUUUAUUUUUUACCUGGAACAGGUCCUCGGAUGCUUGUAUUGUAAAUUGUUUAAGCUUGUAAGUCAUUUCGUCGCUCCACUUCCUAAGUAGUUAAAGAAAAUUUUUAUCUAUAGUCGCUAAAAUUGUCAAUUUUUAAAUGUUUAGCUAAUUAAAACGUUUCAAAGUUCUUGCAUUGAUAAGUAUAAUUAAUGUAACGAAAUAACAUUUGUUGUAAAAUGUACUAUGAAUAUUUUGAGGCCAACACAAAUAAAAUAAUUUAAUCUGUG